AUGGCAACCAGGGCAAACUCUCGACAAAUUCUGACCUUGCUGCUUGCGGCGGUGUGGUCUUCCCAUGCGGACAUGUACUUGAACAAUCCACGUGGAUCGAACAACAAGUUGCGAGAGCAGAGCAACAACGUCCAGAACGCCAACCGGCUGUUCGACUCUCAGAACAAUGCAGCUUCAGGUUAUCAGAUUGGCGACAACUGCAAGCCUGCAUGCAAAGACGAGGACAACAACUACGACGUCACCGUUGAAGGUGCAACCCUGGGGACCAUGAAGUACUACCAGGGGUCAGAGUUGUACAUCGAGUGGGUGAAUCAGCAUGGUUGUGGCGUGGGGCACCCGAACCUUCACUGCCAGAUCGUCCUGCAGUACAUGACUGACAAGGAGAACCCCAACUUGCGAGACGGCACGGACCAGGACAGCGCGGGUGGAGAUGACAACGAUCCCACCGAAGAAGAGACGGCCGAGGUUGCGCGAGGAUAUCACGAGACGCUGGAUUUCUACGAGGCCUGCAUCACAAGGGAACGGAACAAGGGCCUCUACACGGCAGAUCAGCAGAUCGAAGAGAAUGGUGGGGCGACCUCCACGCGCCAGAACCCAAACGGAAACGGAAGGCGUCGUGGAAACACCCGGCAUGGACUGGAGUGUCCUGAGGAGAGGGACUACUACCCCUACUGGCACCCGACUCCGUGGCACGACAUUGCCAUUUUGACCGACGAGCCGCAGAGCCGUUGCGAGUACUACAGAGCCGAGUCCCAGAACGUGAUGCCAAAGGGUCUUUGCUCCGACCCGCUGUACAACCAGCCCGACUCCUGCACUGGCAAUGGUGGAGAGUGGACGGAGGAGCCGGCCUGGGACGAACCACCCCCCGAGUGUGUCGGAAGUAUCUCCAGCCGCGACAACCACAACGGCAAUGUUCGCAACGGACAUUCUCAUUACUAUGUGUGGAAGAUCCCCGAGUAUGUGAAGGGGCGAGUUGUGUUGCGAAUCCGCUACAACAUCAGCACCGGAGAUUUUGGCCUGGGAUCUCUGGCGAACCCAAAGGAGGAAGGCGCCGAACUGACUGGCAUCAAAGCUGACGAGUUCUUCAUGGACAGCAAGUUCAACGACCCGAACCCAGGCAACCGCCGCCGCACGACUUUCCAAGGCCGACCAGCGGUACCUCUGCCUCUGGCGCAAGAUCCGGUUGCAGAUUGGCUUGGGCUUGGGGAGACGGGGGCAGAUCUGAGCCGCUUGCUGCAGAUUCAGGUGAACACGAACCAGUUUGGCCGGACGUUCGAAGAUCGCACGCACACGUUCAUGGUCAUGGAGAGGCCCGCAGACGUGCCCACGUCUGCUAGAAUUGUGAACUACAAUGUUCGUGGCCGCCGCGGAAACAUCGUGCAGGUCUACCCCUCGGUGGAGUACGACUUCGUGCCUCCCGAGCUGGAGGUCGAGCAGGGGACCCUUCUGCACUUCCAGUGGACAGGAUCGGAUGCCAACAACAACGGAAACGCAGGCAACGGCCGAGCUGGAACAGACCGCUCCAACUUGGUGCAGGUGCAGUCGCGCUCAGAAACGAUCCCCCUGCCACUCGAGAAGCACACACUGCUCUUCGACGCCGCCGCGAACCCAGGCGACGAGGAGGGCAGGAAGCUCGUGGACAAGUUCGCGUUCCUGAACCAGGACGAGAUCGUCACCUGUGAUCCGGAGACGAACAACCAGAACUCCGAGACGAACUGCAAGCAGCUCAACGGCGCGUCGGCCUACUUCGAUGGUGGCCUUGUGGAAAUGAAGACGAUCGGCACCCAUCACAUCGCCAGCACUCGGAACAACGAUUUCACCAACCGGUCGCACAAGGCAAGCAUCAAAGUGACGGGAGUCAUCCUGGAGCUUUACGAGAACAUCGCCUUGGGUGUGGCUGCCUUCUGCGGACUCGUCCUCAUCAUCUACGUUGCCUGUGCUGUUCAUGCUGUGAGGAAGCCGGGCAGCUGGCUUUUCUCCCGGCGCUACCGCCCUCGGGUGUUGAACUGGGUGAUAGGCAAGGAUCGCAUGGCACGGCUCGUAGAGGCACGGCGCCAGAUUGUCGCCCAGCAGAGGAAGGAGUGGGCCAAAAAGGCCAACGCCCACGCGGUCGAUGAGGAGGGGGCCGAGGGGCAGACAGCCGAAGUGGCUUUGCCCGAAGAGUCCAUGACGUGGUUUCAGAGCUUCAAGCGCUGCUUCCGCAAGUGUGGCAUCGGCGAGCAGCAGCUCACCACGCUCAUGUAUGCAGUGCUGAAUAUCCUAGUCUUCCUCAUUGGCUUUCUCUCGAACAUGAAGGGGGGCUUCCACGAGUCUUGGGCCUAUCCCAUUGCCAAAGGGGGUGGCUACAGCAUGGACCUGAACUUCUCCAUGCUUGUCCUGCCCACGCUGAAAAGCCUGCAGACGACCAUGAGGCGCGUGAGCUCUUCGCGCGAGUGGGUGCCGAUUGACGACCCCAUCAACUUCCACAUCGUGAUCGCCAGCUUCACAAUGCUCAGUGCCGCUAUCCACAUCGCCGGUCACUGCUUCCACAUGUGGCUCAUCAAGACUUCUCCCGUCAUGCAGCUGGACCCUUUGCAUCUCUGGAAGCUCACAGCCGAGGAGCAAGCCAGUGGCAUGACCUUGCUGCAACAACUCCUGAACAUCCAAAUCCGCUGCGCCGCGCUCACGGGUGUGAUCCUCACCUUCAUGAUGCUCGCCAUCCUGCUGACGGCACUAUCCUGCUCGCGGCGCGGCACGAACUGCCUCACUCGCCGCUGCUUCGGAUACAAUCUGUUUUGGCGUGUCCACAUGUCCUGGAAGCUGAUCUACGUCCUGCUGCUCUUGCAUGCGCCUGCUCGACUUUGGAUCUGGUUCUUCUUUCCGGCCCUCUUCGUGCUCGUGGACCGUCUCUUGCUUGCGAACCACCAGGCCAUGUACCUGACGCUGCGGAGCGUGAAGCUGCUGCCACGAGAUGUGAUCGGCCUGACCUUCGAGGUUCCCCAAGGCUUCGCAUACCAGGCCGGUCAGUACAUCCUGCUGGGAUGGAAGGGUGAGUGGCAUCCUUUCACUUUGACAUCAGCGCCGGAGGAGAAUUGCAUCAGCGUCCACAUUCGCUCGCCCAACACUCUCGACUGGUGCUCCGCCCUUCGCAAGCGCCUUACUGAGGAAGCGCCGGCCCAGGCCCGAGGGGAGGCGAAAGCAGAAAAGCCACCAAGGGCGCCGCUUCUGAUCGAGUACAACAAGUGCACUUUGCCCAACAGCCACAUCGUCUACAAUGUGCCCAAAGUCGCCGGCAAGGAGGGCAAGGAGCUCCCUGUCAAAGAGGACGAAGGUCCUCGCCUGCUCGGGCGAAACACCUCGGACAAGAUGGGCCCAGCGGUAGCUCGCUCAGGCGAGACGCUGGUGAGCAGCCCGCCAAGCGGUAGCCUUCCUCAGGAGUCUGUGGUGUUGCAGGUCACGGGGCCUUUCGGCGCGCCGGCGCAGAAGGUUUGGGGUUUCGACACCCUGAUGGUGGUGGGCGCAGGUAUUGGUGUCACACCCUUUGCUUCCAUCUUGCGGUCCGUGCAGCUCCGCUCCAAGCAGAGAGAGACGAUCAUGACCGCUGCCAGGCCAUCUUCUUGGCGGAGCGCCAUGGGCAACCAGGGCCAGGACGAUCCAAGAAGGGCAGGUCUCCAAAGGCUCGUGGAAGAUCUCGUUGUUGUGCCGAAGAAGAUCUACUUCUACUGGAUCUGCCGUGGCCAAGAGGAGUUCGACUGGUUUUGCGACCUCCUGGCGGCCGCUGCCGAUGGUCCCGCCGCCGGCAUCGUCGACAUCACCCUCUUCCUCACCGGUGAGAUCGAGCUGGGCCAGGUGAAGAAGCUCCCUUGUGCGUCCGGGCAGUUCUUUGGACGACCCAACUGGGGACGGAUCUUCAAGCAGAAUCGCGAGAAGCAUCAGGGCGAGCACAUCGGCGUCUUCCUCUGCGGUUCUCCGAUCAUUGGCGAGGAACUGUCCCGGCAGAGCAUCAAGAAUUCCGACCUCAUUGGCACGCCCGGUGGCACCCGCUUCUCCUUCUUCAAGGAGCACUUCUAA